AAUCUAAUAUAUUUUUGUUGAUAUGAAACUCAAAUGUUAUUAGAAAUUGUUAGAAAUCAUGUUAGAAAUUUAGGAAUGUCUGCUAAUAUUUUUUCGAUAGUAUCGAAAUCAAUCGAAAUUCAUUCCGGCGUUGGCAACUCUGUCAAAGUGUCAAUAUAAUAAUAAUUAAAAUCAACAGCACAUUUAUCUUAAUUGUUUCUACGACAUGUUCUUGUAUUAUUUUUAAUAUUGAAUAAUUAGCAUUGACUAUUGAUAAACAAAAUUUAAUUAACAAUGUUAUCUCUAAAAAAGUUAUCUUAUGGUGUUACACGACAUAAUCUAGAUUAUUUGUUUAAUUAUAAAACAAUACACCGGAUAAAUUUAAGGUUAAGCCAACGAGAAUUUAGAAAUGCAAGAGAAAAUUUAAAAAUUGAUGAAACUGGUAAUGUUAAAUUAAACCUUGAUCCAGAAAUUGAAGCUGUUGUUGAUAAAUUAAAAUACAGUGAUUACAUUGAAAGUAAAAAAUUAAAAUAUGGCUAUAAAAUAAAUCAAAAAAUUGAGCAAGAAAUGAAAGCAACAGCAUACAAAGAAAAAUUAAAUAGACAUAUGAAUGAAACAGUUUUUAGUAGUGCUUUAAAAUAUAUUAUUUCACCUGAUAAACAACAUGAAGAUGACAACAAUAAUAAACAACUUGAAAACAAUAACAUAAACAAAAAUGAAGACAUCAUUCAAACUGAAUCACCUAAAAAUAAUUCAAUAAUACAUAUGCCUUAUGCUUCAACAGAUAGCUAUAAAAAUACUGAUGACAAUAAAAAUAAAAAUACUCCAAAUUUAGAUAACACAUUGUAUGGAAAUUUAAAUCAAGAUUAUAAAAAACUUUAUGAUAAAUAUCUUGAGGCUAAAAAAUUAUCAAAUAUAAAUAAUAUAAGCACAAAACAAUAUGAAAAUAUUGAAAAUUUAGAAAGUCAAAUAUUAAAAAUGGAAAUAAAUAGACCAAAUGAUGAUUUAUCAAAAGUACCAAAAGAUUGGAUGACUGAUUAUGAACAAUAUAAUGAAGAUUAUUCUGAUAUAUCAUGGGAAAAAAAUUAUGGUACACAAAAUAUAAAUAUACCAGUUAGUAAAAUACCAUGUGGUGGAUGUGGUGCAUUAUUACAUUGUCAAGAUUCAGCAAUACCUGGUUAUUUACCAUCAGAAUUAUUUAUUGAUGUAUCAGAAAAUGAAUUAAAAAGUAUUAUUUGUCAAAGAUGUCAUUUUAUGAAACAUUAUAAUGCAACACUUGAAGUUAAAGUAUCACCAGAUGUUUAUCCAGAAAUUUUAAGUAAAAUUGAAUUACAAAAAAAAAAAGCAGCUGUUAUAUUAAUGAUUGAUCUUACUGAUUUUCCAUGUAGUAUAUGGCCAAAUUUACCAACAAUUAUUGGUAAAAAUACAAAUAUAUUUGUUGUUGGUAAUAAAAUUGAUUUAUUACCAAGAGAUGGACCAAGAUUUUUAGAAAAUGUUGAAAAUUCAUUGUUAAAAGCACUUGAAAAUGCUGGUAUUAGAAAAUUUAAUAUUAAAAAUAUAUCACUUGUAUCAGCUAAAUCUGGCUAUGGAAUAGAAAGACUUAUCAAUAAACUUUAUAAAAUUUGGGAAUACAAAGGUGAUGUUUACAUGAUUGGAUGUACAAAUGUUGGUAAAUCUACAUUAUUUAAUGCUUUUCUACGUUCAGAUUAUUGUAAAAUACAAGCUGUUGAUCUUAUACAAAGAGCAACAACUUCUCCAUGGCCAGGAACAACAUUAAAUCUUUUAAAAUUUCCAAUAAUGAAUCCAGCAAGAUGGCGUUUAUUUCAGCGGGUAACAAGACUCAAAGGUGAAAGUAAAGAUGCUCAAGCUGAAAUUGAAUUUAACAGACGACAAGUUACUUCAACUGGUGACAUAACUUUUGCAACAUUGCAAGAACGUAUUGGACAAACUUUUAGUCCUGUAUCAACUUUAAGAGGACCAUCAUUACAAGCUCAUGAAAUAAGAAUGGCUACUGGUAAUAAAUUUGGAAUAGAUGAAGAUGAUGAUGCAUUUAAAUUUGGUAAAUGGUGUUAUGAUACACCUGGUGUUAUUCAUCCAGAUCAAAUUGUUCAUCUUUUAACAACUGAAGAAUUAUUAUUAACUUUACCAAGAAAAAUUAUAUCACCAAAAAGUUUUAUAUUUCAACCAGGACAAACAUUGUUUAUUGGUGGAUUAGGAAGACUUGAUUUCAUUGAAGGUUUUGAAUUUAUAAGAAUAACUGUUUUUAAAAGUGAUUCAUUACCUAUUACAAUAUGCUCAACAAAUGAUGCUGAUAUGAUUUAUGAUAAACUAUUAAAAACUGAAGCAUUUGUUGUACCAGUUAAUAAUCCAGAUAGAUUAAAAAUUUGGCCAAAAUUCGAGUCAAAAGAUUUUACAAUGACUGGAAUAACAAAACAUAAAUCUGUAUCAGAUAUUAUUUUAUCAAAUGCUGGAUGGAUUUCUAUAACUCCUGAUCAGGGAGAAACAAUAACAUUAAGAGCAUGGACUCCAGAAGGACGUGGAAUUUAUGAAAGAACUCCAGCAUUAUUACCUCAUUCAAUAACACUUCGAGGAGCUAGAAGAAAAUCAAGUCCUGCAUAUAAACGUGGUCCUCAAGUUUAUAAUAAAACAUAACUUGAAUAAUUGUUUUAAUAAAUUUUAAUAUUCUUUUUUUUUUUUUAUUUGUACCAUAUAUACAUCAAUUUGUAAAUGUUAUUAAAUUUUUUUUAAUUGUA